AUGAUUGCGGGAAAUUGUCGCAUGUGUCUCGUUGAAGUUGAACGUGCUCCUAAACCAGUGGCAUCCUGCGCUUGGCCUGUGCAGCCUGGCAUGAAUGUCAAAACAGACUCGCCGCUCGUGCAUAAAGCGAGGGAGGGUGUUAUGGAAUUUCUACUGGCUAACCAUCCUCUUGACUGUCCUAUUUGCGACCAGGGAGGUGAAUGCGAUCUUCAGGACCAGUCAAUGCGCUACGGAGCUGACCGCGGUCGGUUCCACGAGGUUGGUGGAAAGCGUGCUGUUGAAGAUAAGAAUAUCGGACCUCUCGUCAAGACAUCCAUGAACCGGUGUAUACACUGCACUCGCUGCGUUCGGUUCAUGAACGAUGUUGCUGGUGCCCCGGACCUCGGAACUACCGGUAGAGGUAACGAUAUGCAGAUUGGGACUUACCUGGAGAAGAACCUCGACUCUGAGCUCUCCGGGAAUAUAAUUGACCUUUGCCCGGUUGGUGCUCUAACAUCGAAACCCUAUGCUUUCCGUGCUCGUCCAUGGGAACUGAAGCACACCGAGUCUAUUGAUGUUCACGAUGCUAUGGGCUCCAAUGUCCGGAUAGAUACCAGAGGCAUGGAAGUCAUGCGAGUGCUUCCGAGACUGAAUGACGACAUCAAUGAAGAAUGGAUCGACGAUAAAUCUCGGUUUGCAUGUGACGGUUUGAAGACCCAGAGACUGACGACGCCAUUGAUUCGAAGAGACGGAAAAUUUGUCCCCGCAACCUGGGAGCAAGCCUUAACUGAGAUAUCUAGCGCUCAGCAGAAACUGCAGCUGAAGGAGAAUGAAUUCAAGGCUGUCGCAGGGCAUCUAGUCGAUGCCGAGUCACUUGUGGCGAUGAAAGACUUAGCCAACAAGCUUGGAUCCGAUAACCUAGCUCUGGAUCAGCCGAGAGGAGACUCCCCCAUUGCCCAUGGAAUUGACAUACGCUCAAACUACCUCUUCAAUUCCAAAAUCUACGGAAUUGAGGAAGCCGAUGUCAUCCUUCUGGUGGCUACGAAUCCUCGCCAUGAAGCAGCUGUUCUCAAUGCGCGCAUACGCAAGCAGUAUCUUCGCUCAGACCUCCAAAUUGGGUUGGUUGGAGAGGAGUUUGAAAGCACCUUUGAAUACGAACACCUUGGCUCAAACAUCUCUUCGUUGAAGGCCGCUUUGUCUGGAAAAUUCGGGGAGAAACUUGCUUCUGCUAAGCGGCCGAUGAUCAUUGUCGGAAGCGCCGCAGCUGAACAUCAGGAUGCGAAAUCCGUCUUCGAAACUGUUGGCAGCUUCGUUGAAAAACAUCGAAACAACUUCAACACCCCUGAAUGGCAAGGCUACAACGUUCUUCAACGUGCUGCAUCCCGUGCCGCUGCCUAUGAAGUUGGUUUCACUACGCCAUCUUCAGAAGUAGCGCAGACCAAACCGAAAAUGAUCUGGCUCUUAGGAGCAGAUGAAGUUAGUCAAAGCGAAAUUCCGAGCGAUGCGUUUGUCAUUUAUCAGGGUCAUCACGGUGAUCGUGGUGCUCAGUUGGCCGACGUUGUUCUCCCCGGUGCAGCAUAUACGGAGAAGUCGGGCACAUAUAUUAACACUGAAGGACGUGUCCAGGUUACUCGAGCGGCCACCUCCUUGCCUGGUGCCGCACGUGACGACUGGAAGAUUAUCCGUGCUGCCAGUGAAUUCCUCAACAAGCCGCUUCCCUACGACGACAUUGAGGCACUCCGCGAUCGCAUGGAGGAGAUAAGUCCUGUCAUGCGCCGGUACGAUGUCGUUGAGCCAACUUCCCUGAGCUCACUGAGCAAAGUACAACUGGUUGACCAGAACAAGGGCGUUCAGCCAACUAAUACACCUUUCAAGAAGGUUAUCGAGGACUUCUAUUUUACUAAUUCCAUUGCUCGGAGUUCCCCGACCAUGGCCCGCUGUUCAGCAGCUAAGGCCACUGGAAAUCCAGAGACAAACUUUAUGGCUGCUGGUGAAAUGUCUCCCCAGGCUCUGUACGGCUAG